AUGGAACGUAUGCUUCAACCAGGUAAAAUGGCAGAAAUAGCUGACGAACUUAGAACGUAUGACACUACAGUAGCAUGUCUGCUAGAAGUAAGGUGGAAGGGGCAUGACGAAAUCAAGAAACGAGAUUACAGCAUUUUUUACAGCGGCGCCGAAAUUCAAACGCGAAAUUGUGUAAUGGCUCUGGAACCAUUAAAUGAACGUAUACGCUAUUUGCGACUCAAAGGCAAAUUCCAAAAUAUAUCAAUUUUGUCGGUCUAUGCGCCCACAGAAGAAAGUGAAGAUGAGAACAAGGAUGAAUUCUACGAUAAAAUGGCGAAUGUAUGCAGUAAAAUAAGCAGGUAUGAUAUUAAAAUACUUUACGGCGAUUACAAUGCAAAGAUCGGAAAGGAACAAUCAAUAAUACAACAAAUCGCAGGAAAAUAUUCGCUUCAUGAAAAUACAAACGGUUAUGGUCUACGUCUAUGUAACUUUGUCGAAUAUCAAGGACUAUUUAAAAGUAGUACAUCCUUUUAG